UUGUUCUGGCCCAGGAUGAUGGUAGUACUGCUGGAACUGGAGGGAAAUGCUGAUCUCCUGAAAGAGUUUGGUGCCAUGACAGAAAAUCUUAAAGCUAUGCAGACCAGGCUGACGGACAGUGAAACCCAGAUAACGGAUCUUAGGAAUAAAGAAAGAAUUAAGAUGAUCUUCAGUGCAGCAAAAGGAGACAGAAACAUAAACAUUGGGCCCUUCAACACUGACACAACUCUGAUCUACAGAACGGUGUUCACCAACAUUGGUGAUGCCUACAGUCAAUUCACAGGUGUAUUUGUUGCACCUGUUGCAGGUGUUUAUUACUUUUCCAUCUUCUAUCAUGCUGGAGGACGAUAUCGCGCAUCUUUAGAAAUCUACAAGAACAAUCAAGCCACAGUCAUGGCAGGUCAUAACCCGUCACAAUCAGCUAUCAAUGGAGGAAACGCAGAGUUCCUGCAGCUGCAGCCUGGAGACCAAGUGUAUGUGCGCCUGGCUAGAAACACAUAUGUUUGGGGAUCCAUCUACCAUACAACCUUCAGCAGGUUUUUGGUCACUCAAAUGUGACACUCAGCACACUGUAUAUCAACUCAAUCCUGCCUAAUCUAUAGUAUCAUGGAUAAAAGUAUCGAAACUGGGCAAGGAUUUCAACUUUCAACUUUGGAAUGAUGAUAUUCACCCCCCAGAUAUUGAAGCCUGUAGUUAGUUGAGCUCAUUGAUGAUCCCCAGAAGAUUAACCCACUCCUUCACUUGUCUGACGAUAAGUAUUGGUUUUCCUGAGAUGUGCUGUAGACAAUCGACUGGCUAAGAAGUUAAACACUGUUGAUUUUUAUGAUAACUCUUUUCUUUGACAUUACUCUCUCAAUAAACAUUUACAUAUCCAUAAUCUUCAGAAUGGAGCUGUAGUGUGAAGCUGAUUUCUGAGCAGAACGUGGCUGUGGACAGACGUUAGGUGGAAAAGAUGUUAAGAAGCUUGAUGCUGGGUAAAUUGUUUCAUAGAGGAGAUGUUAUUAUUCAGUGGUGUGAGACGAUGAUGACAAUGAUGAUCAUGAUGGUCAGUAACAACAGCAAAUGUGAUGUCAAACUUUGUUUUAUUUCAUCAUAAAGUCAAAAGCAGCAAAAAAACAUUUGAUAGAAACUGCGAUAUGUAAUGUAAUCUUGCUUGAUAUAACAUGAUGUCAUAAUAGAAACAUGUGAAACUACUUGUCAUCAGUGAUAUUUUUCUGAAAGAACAAAAGCAACCAGUGACAGGAGGAUAUUCUUUAUUAAUUCCUCCUUUGGUAUACAAUUUGAAGUAAAUAUUGUUUUAAGAAGUUCAGCUUUUCUUAACUUUGGGUUUUCUAACGGUAUUUAUAUUAGACAGAUGAUAAAUGAUAAAAUCUCUUAAAGGAGAAAAAUAAAACAUCCUGAUGAAAAUCUGAUUCUUGCAUAAACAAGAAUGUUACUACUUUAUUUUUAGCCUGUCAUCUGUUGCUGGGUAGCAUUAAGGUUCAUCAAAACAAUGAUCUUAAAUAUGCUGAAAACACUUUAAAGCUGCAGAGUUCAGGAAUUAUUAUCUGUGUCACACAAGUGGACCUGUCUCAAGCUAAAUAUUGAGUCAACUGAUUUCAAUGUCAAUUUGAAACAUUAAUCAAGCAAGGCAUCAAUUUGAUUGUGUGUGAAGGAAAACAAGCAG